GUCUUUAUAGUCUGACCAUAUCUUCAAACAUAAGCGCCGAUUAGUACAGAACACCAAGAAGAAAGGAUGCCCUGUAAGGAUAAAAAUCCGUCAUGUAGUGAAAUUUUUGAAUUUCAAGGUGAAGGAUCAAGAUCAACCAAGUAGGAAGUUUGUACCAAGCGUGAAGAAAGAUUUAAAUGACGGUACAGGUGAAUUAGAAUGUCAACCUCGGUUCUAUGUCUCGUUUCCACCAGCAGAGGAUCAUAGGAAUCACUUGAAAGGAGCGGCAUCCAGCAUUUUGCAGCCAAUGGACAAGAGAAUUUCAAAUUAUAUUAAGAAGGUUGUGAGCGAACAUGGAGUCACAAGCACUCUGAAAAUGAAACUGCUUAUUGAAGUCUUUUUGAAGCAAUCCAUCUUUCUAAAUUCUCCACUUCCACCUAAACACAACAAGAGAUACUGGCCAUCACUUAAGGACAUUUAUAACCACAUGGCAUCUCAGUUUCUCAAACUACGAGAUAGCAGUUUUGAUCAGAAAGAGGUUCAAGGAAUGAUUGAGGAACAGAGGUCAAUCCAUCAAGAAGACAGAUACUACUUAAGAAUUAAGACUGAUCAAGAUCAAGAACAUCCUGUGAGCGGUGAUCCAGAUGAAAGGUUAUUUGUUGAUGAAGACCUGUUCAUUGGAAAUUAUAGAAAGAGUGGUGAUGGAGUCAACAAAUUCCUGUACGUCCAUCAGACUGCUUGGCAAAGACAACUGCUAAAUAGAUAUGGAAAUGAGAUAUGUCUUCUGGAUGCAACAUAUAGAACAACCAGAUACACCUUGCCUCUUUAUUUCCUUUGUGUUCCUACAAAUGUAAACUACAUGACCGUUGCUACAUUCAUAGUUGAAACAGAGGACAGUGUAUCCAUCCAAGAAGCCUUAUCUAUUAUAAAAUCAUGGAACCCAAACUGGAAGCCAGCAUAUUUUAUGUGUGACUAUGCAGAUGAAGAAAUAUCUUCUAUUGAAUCUGUUUUUCCAGAGUCCUUUGUCUACCUUUGUGAUUUCCAUCGAGAGCAGGCAUGGGAGAGAUGGCUUAAAGCAACUCACAAUGGCAUUGGAGAUGAUAAAGAUGAAAUUUUAUCUUUGUUACGCUCUGUAGCAAGAUCCAAAACCAAUGAAGAGUUUGAACUGUCAAGUAACAGAUUAAAGAACAGUCACUUUUGGACAGAAAAUAACAGAUUCAGAAAAUGGUUUGAAGGCAGAUGGUUAAAUAAAUAUAAGAGAUGGGUGCAAGCUUUCCGACAGAAGAGAUACAACACUUCUGUGAAUACUAACAACGGGGUUGAGAGACAGAACAAGACACUGAAAUAUGAAUUUCUUGAGGCAAAGAAAGCAAAGUCACUGUGUCAUCUUCUUACAAUUUUGUGGAAUGAUUUUCUUCCAGACAUCUACCAAAGAUAUGUGAAACUGAAUUUGAUAUCUGCAGAGGAAUCAAUGAGGUACAAUCCUGACAUUCCCACUUUCCUAAUUAAUCGUCCAAGAAAUGUUGUAAAGCAUUGCUUUAAAAGAUGGGAAGAAGCAGGAAACAUUUCUGUAGAUGACAUAGAUUCCUUAGGAGAAGACCAAUUCCUGGUAAAGAGUCAGGUUCCAGAGAGCUCACAAGUUUAUUGUGUCCGCUUUUCAGCACCCGACUUUCCAGUACCAUCUUGCGACUGUGAGGACUGGGCCAAACAUCAUUUGCCUUGUAAACACUUUUUUGCUGUCAUUAGAAAUGUUACUGGUUGGCAGUGGGAGAAACUACCUGAAGAGUAUAGGAACAAUCCCUUCCUGACAUUAGAUGAGAGUGUUCUUUAUGAGUUCAGUUCACCAUCUUAUGUUACUCACCCUGACUGCAAAGAAGACCAAGAGUCAAGAAGAGAGACCAAUACAGACAGCAACAUUCAAGAAAUUAUUUUACCAUCCAAAUCUAGACUUUCUAAAAUAAGAUCCAACAUCAGCAGCUACUGUCAAAUGAUAAGAGACUAUUCAUAUUCUUGUAAGGACGAAGAAAUUUUGGAAACCCUCGGCUCUAAAUUGAAGGAUACAUUAGAUGGUUUAACAACUAGUCUCAGCGAAACUGAUGUACUCCCUGUAGAUAAUCCACAAAAGCAAAUGACCCACAUUGCAACAACACCAGCAAAGCGAAUAAAUAAACUUUCUCUAUCGAAGAAAAGAAACAAAGGAGUUGGGAGACAUGGUUCAUCUGCAGAGAAUAUGCGAAAACAUACAUCCAAGGGUGUACAUGACCUGUUAUCACAUGAGAGCAGUGAGGUUGCAGAGGAGAUCAUUACCAUUGAAGAUGAUCAAUAUUCACAUUUAGAAGCAAAUGGAAUGAAGGGUAUAUUAAAGAAAAUGCACAAAGGUACAAAGCAGGUGAAGAAGGUACAUUUUCCAGAUUCUGGUACCAUGUCACAGACAGUUACAAAGUAUCAUGAGAUGGAUUAUAGGGAAGCUUUAGAGGAGGUGAACAAAAUUUGGAAUAUGGAAAAAGGCACUGGAUUUUUUAUUGGAAAAGUAACUAAUUUUAACAUCACAGAUGAGGACAUAAGGUCUCUUAAUGGUACAAACUGGGUGACUGAUCAGGUUAUUGAUGCAUAUUUAGCUGCCAUUGUUCAAAAGGAAAUCGAGAAAGGAAACAAGGUUGCUCUAUAUCCAUCACAAACCAUGACUCAGAUCAUGGAUGGAAAUUUUUCAGUUGGAAAGAGUCGAAGGAAGUUGAAGCUAUAUGAGUGUACUUCAAUAAUUGGAGCUAUAUGUAAAAAUCGUCAUUGGACUCUUGUGAUUGUUGAUCCUUUGAAGGGUUUCAUACAUUACUUUAACCCCCUGAAAGAGACCAGAAUACAGAUUGAGGAGAUAAAGAGAAACUGGUGUUUGUACAUCAGUGAGAGGAUGGUUACAUAUCAUGAAUUGGAGAGAAGGAAUUGGGCUGUCAUCACAAGAGAACACUCUAAACAGACAGACAGUUUUAAUUGUGGAGUGUAUUGUUUGAUAUUUGCUGAAAGAUAUUUCAACCAGCAACCGUGUGACAAGGUUUCAAAUGCAGACCUAAAGAGUGCAAGAGAAAAAAUAGCAACUUCUCUAAUGAUGUACAAUGGUAAACAAAAAAGCCCUACAUAUAAAGAUUACUAACAAAAAUAUAUUUGUGAAGCAU